UUGCCACAUGCGAGGUCUGAGCCGGCGCAAAACCGUCGCAUCAACGAUAGUAAAAGUUGUUCGUUCGAAUUUGUAAGCGGUGAGCGAUGUUGGAAACUAAAACACAGGUUAGGAACACGUGUUGCAUUUUGAAAAUCUGUCAGUGGUGGUAUAUUCAAAAUAUUGUCGAUUGGUGAUUUAGUAAACACAAAUAACAAUGUCAAAAGAAAAGAAGAAGAGUGACGAAAAUAUGUCCAUCAAAAAUUCCGAGGUAAAAAUGAAGAAAGAAUUAUCCUUAAUUGAUGGAGUUGCUAUAAUCGUGGGGGUUAUAAUUGGCUCUGGAAUUUUUGUGUCCCCAAAAGGAGUGUUAAAAUUUUCUGGUUCUGUAGGACAAGCGUGUAUUGUGUGGAUACUUUCCGGAAUUUUAUCAAUGAUUGGCGCAUUAUGUUACGCAGAAUUAGGUACAAUGAUUCCUAAAUCUGGAGGAGAUUAUGCAUAUAUAAGCGAAGCUUUUGGCCCAUUGCCGGCUUUUUUAUAUCUUUGGGUUGCUCUUUUUAUUUUGGUGCCCACGGGAAAUGCAAUUACAGCGAUAACGUUUGCUCAAUAUAUACUUCAACCGCUUUGGGGUUUAUGCACUCCACCAUAUGAAGCUGUGAGAUUGUUAGCGGCGGCUGUUGUUUGUUUAUUAACUAUAAUAAAUUGUUACAAUGUUAAAUGGGUUACGCGAGUGCAGGAUAUCUUUACAGCAACAAAAAUGUUUGCGCUGUGUAUAAUUGUCAUUGCCGGAACGUACUUUUUAUGUACUGGCCACGUAGAACAUUUUAGAAAUCCUAUGGAAGGAACAGAAUGGCAACCCGGAUAUAUUGCGUUGGCUUUUUAUUCAGGUCUGUUUUCAUAUUCUGGAUGGAAUUAUCUCAAUUAUGUUACAGAAGAAUUAAAGGAUCCUUAUCGAAAUCUACCUCGAGCUAUUUGUAUUUCAAUGCCAACGGUGACGAUUAUUUAUGUUGUAACAAAUGUUGCUUAUUUCGUUGUGCUCAGCAAAGAUGAUAUACUUGCCUCUGAUGCUGUCGCUGUAACAUUUGGGGAUAAAAUGUUAGGAGCCUUUUCAUUUUUGAUGCCUUUUUUUGUGGCCUGUUCGACAUUUGGAUCAUUGAAUGGUGCUAUCUUUGCAUCAUCGCGUCUAUUUUUUGUUGGAGCCCGAGCAGGACAUUUACCGAGAGCAAUUGCUUUAAUAGAUAUUAAAAGACUAACACCAGUGCCAUCGUUAAUUUUUAUGUGCAUUAUAACCCUUACUCUGGUUAUGAUUGAAGAUGUGUACGUCCUGAUUAAUUAUGUUUCAUUUGUGGAAGCCUUGUUUAUUACAAUUAGUGUAACAGGACUAUUGUAUAUGCGAUGGACAAAGUCAAAUCUAAAACGACCAAUUAAAAUGAACCUGAUUCUUCCUAUUAUAUUUUUAUUAAUUUGUAGUUUUCUCGUAAUAUUUCCGUGUUAUGUUAGUCCAAUGGAAGUCGGAGUAGGUUUAACUUUUAUACUUUGUGGUAUACCAGUUUAUUUGGUGACUAUCGCGUGGCAAAACAAACCUACUUGGUUAAAUAAAGCAUUUGAUGAAUUUAAUGAUAGCUGUGCUAAACUCUUUCUCUGCGUUCCUGAAGAUGAACAAAAAGUUAGCUGAGUGAGUAUUUGAUAAGUAUGAUUUUACAAUUAUUAGUAUUAAUGUUAAUGUAUAUCCAACCAUAAGAUAGUGAUUGUUAAAAUAUCGAAUUUUAAAAAGUUGUAUUUAUUUGUAGUAUAUAGCGCAAACUUUGUUAUUAAAGUUUUUUGUAAAUAUUUAUUUCUAGCAAAAGUAUUUUUAACACGAAGAUGUUUUCAUAUUUCAACGAAUAAAGAAACUUGAAUGUAGUGUAUGUUACAAAUUUUGUGGUAUACAAAAUUAAAUUCUGUGUUCUACUCGAAAUGAAAUAAUGUUACUAGGGAUUUGUAGUGUAUCAGAUCAUUUUUGUAGUUGUGUAAUAAAUAUAAGAAUUGUGACAUUUUAGGCUCUGAAAAGGAAAAAAUUAAAAAUAAAAUUAAUAAUUCUUAUAUAAAAUGUAUACGCAAAACGAAAAUUCCUUGAUCUUUUAAACUUUGAAUAAAAAUAAUUAAAUGAAA